AUGCGUGCGGCGACCCCGCAAAUCGCCGGGACGGGCGUCGCGCGUUCAGGGCGUGCGACAGGACGCCCGCCGCCGCCCCGCGCCGCGCCGCGGCACGCAGCCCGAGUACCCGCGCGCCGGCGCACGCACAAGCAGCACGCAUCCAGAACCGGGCCGUCGUUCGUGGCGGCCGCACUUUUCGCACGAGCGGGCCGGGAGGAGGUGAUGGAGUCGUUCGACCCGAACGAGCUGCUGCCCGAGACGUCGAUUCGCGGGGCGAGGGACUUCGGCUUCAAGCGCAACCUCCAGCGCGACUACCAGCGAGAAUCCGUCAUCGGAAAGGGCUCGUUCGGCACGGUCUGGCGCUGCACGAGCCGGAAAACCGGGGAGUCCUACGCCGUGAAGAGCAUGCCGAAACGGUUCGUGGGCGGGCGUUUGGACAGCAUGUUCCAGCGCCGCGUGGAGAACGAGGUCGACGUGCUGAGGACGCUCGGGAACUCCCUGAACGUCGCGUACCUGUACGACGUGUUCGAGGACGACAAGAACGUCGAUCUCGUCAUGGAGAUGUGCACUGGCGGCGAACUGUGGGCCCGGAUCGAGGAGGGACGGUACACGGAGGAGCAGGCCGCGGCUGCGAUCACGGACGUGCUGCGCGCGAUCGCGCAGUGCCACGCGAAGGGCGUCCUGAUCCGCGACGUCAAGCCCGAGAACUUCCUGUACCUCCACGACGGCCCCGACGCGCCGCUGAAGACCAUCGACUUCGGCAUGUCGGUCAUGUGCCAGCCCGGCGAGCUCCUCAUCGACCGCGCAGGCACGGUCUUGUACUGCGCCCCCGAGCUCCUCCGCAUGAGCUACGGCCUCCCGUCCGACCUCUGGUCCGCCGGCAUCGUCGCGUACCAGCUCCUGACCGGCCGCCUGCCCUUCGCGGGGCCGUGGGGCAGCGAGGUCACCGAGCUGUGGGCCAGCGAGCGCCGCUUUGACCGCAAGGAGGCCUUCCGGGCCAUCCUGAACGCGCCGCUCGACUUCGAGUCCGAGCCGUGGGGGCCGAGCGGGUGGCUCGGCGACGACUGCGCGGACCUCCUGCAGGGGCUGCUGGAGCGCGACCCUGAAAAGAGGCUGACGGCGCUGCAAGCCCUGCAGCACCCCUGGAUCAAGAAGCACGCGCGGCGCAGGGAGACCUCCGCCGCGGGCGACGAAAGCGCCGAGGGCGCCGCGCUGCACGACAGCGUGGUGCAGCGCCUCCAGCGCUUCGGCACGUUCGGCCGCCUGAAGCAGAUCGCGCUCGCGCGCGUCGCCACGGCCGUCGCCGCCGACGACGCGGAGCUCGUGCAGGGCCUGACGGAGAUCUUCCGGGAGCUCGACCCCGAGGGCAAGGGGUACGCGCAGUACAGGGACGUCCUCGCGGCGCUGCGGGGCGCGGGCUUCGAUCUCUCCGAGAGCGAGGUGCAGCAGAUGGCGCUGCAGAUGGAUGUGGAUCAUGACGGGCGCGUGGAGUACGGCGAGUGGCUGGCGAGCCUGCUGGACUGGCACGAGGUGCAGAAGUCCGGGCACUGGCGCGAGUGGACGUCGCGGUUCUUCGACCAGAUGGACGCCGACCACGACGGAACGAUCGGGCGCGAGGAGCUGGGGGAGCUGCUGUGCGGAGGGACGUGCCCGGUCCCGGACGAGCUCGAGGGGGUCAUGCGGGAGCUGGACCGGGACCGCGACGGGCGCAUCUCUGCGGAGGACUUCCAGGCCAUGAUGCUGACGUCGUCCGUGGACGCGCUGGAGAUCUUUCCGCCGCGGCUGUCGCAGGGCGGGGCCGAGGGCGGGGACGGGCGGAGGAGGAAGGGCAAGCUGUGA